CCGACCUAUAGACAGUUCUCUAUUUUGUACCAUUUGCUUCGUUAAUAGAAUUUUUCCUUCACAAAAACAAAACUAUACUUUGCUAUCAAAACACGAUUUAAUAGUGGGGUUGAGACGGCACGUUCCUACGUGCGUAAUUUGCGAUAGAGACCUUGCUGGGUACGCGCCGUUUUACAAUUGCGAAAUCUGCUCCGACGAAUAUUUAGAGUUGCUCGAUCAAUUAAAUUCAACCGGAGAGGAUAUUUUUGAGCUUUCAGACCCGACAGUAAUUCGAUCACGAGAAAAGUCGACGGGAUUUCUUUCCCUCGCCUCCGAAAACAAUUAGCUUCGCGAUCCUCGGGAAGUAUCCUCGUAUUUAAACAUCCCUGCAGUUAUAAUCACGGACACUCGGAACGUAACAAAGCUAACGAAGUCGGCCCGGCAGUGGUACGAUGUUCAAGGUGGAGCAGUGUUGGAAUCAUGGGCGAAUCUUCGGCACGGACUGCUGAAGAUGUUUGAGCGAAGAAUCCCGUUUUUCAAGGCGAUGCAAAAAGCUGAAAAUCGAAAGUGUAAUAUGCAGAGAGAAACUUUCGAUAAGUACGCCAUCGACAAAUUAGAAUUGAUACAUAGAAUGGAACUACCGGAAAGAGACGCCAUACAGUUAAUAAUCGGCGGAAUUCCACAAAGUUCAUUGAGAGCAACGGCUCUAUCGGUGACGGCAGAGUCACUGGAGAUCUUUCUUGACAAAAUAAGGAAGAUCACAGAAGGCGUAACCGAUUACGAGAGAAAGAACCAAGCAGCAGCGUCAACUCCAAAGGCGAAAGGCGAGCCCUGCAGGAACUGCGGAAGGAAGGGGCACGAUCAUAAGGAAUGCCGGAACGAUGCGGUUUGUUUCAACUGUAAGCAGAAGGGACAUCGGUUCUACGAGUGCAAGAAAGCCAAAGAUCAUCGUCCGAAAAGCGCCAGCGGAGGAGCGAGCUCAGCAGCAAUCCCGUCAGCAGUCAGUGUGACGGAGGAAACCAGCCCCGCAGGAUCGACAGUAGCAGCAGUCGAGGAGCCGGGGAAAGGGUUAGAAGUGGUACCCCGUUUGUGAGGGUUAGCGGAAUCGGCGGUAAGCGUUGCACAUUUAGCGUUGAUAGAUACGGGAAGCCCCGUGUCGUUUAUUAAAGCAAGCAUAUUGAGAAAAUACAUAGAGUCAGCGGACGAAAAGCUUGGGCCAGUUAACAGAAAUUUAAGCGAACAGUAGUUAAAUAUAUACAAUAACUCUUUUUCUUCGCCAAUCGAUAUAUAUAAAUUACAAAAUAAUAAAACAAAUAGUUUUAUUUAUUCGACCAUAUAUUGGCAAUAGUUUAAUUAAACCUUACAUUUCAACCAGGAUUCUGGUCCUUUUCAAGUAAUACAAUCUAAAAAUAAUUACAAAAACAAAAAUUCCGUUAUGAAUACAAUACAAGAACAAAACAUACUCAAAUCGUCAACAACUUACAUACGUUAAUUUUAAAUUGAGGUCUUUAUGAAUCUCAAGAAAAUCACUAUCGCAAUGACAAAGUCAAAUAAUUGGUAAAUACACCAGACAACCGCCAUGUACGACUUAUGAACAGAGACUGAACGUAGGUCGACAACAUCACAUCUCACAUGUUUCUUAUUAUAUUAUGGUAAACAUCCGGAAGUGUUUCCGUGUCCUUUUGUAAAUUUAUUGAACCAGUAUGCUGUUUUAUGAACACCAUUUCAGCAACUUCUCUCUUUUUAAGAUGUUUUUCUCGAUAUAAAAUCCUCGGAUUUUCCCAAUCAAAAUUAUGAUUAUUUUUGAACCGAUGUUUACUGACCACAGAACAGUCUCUAUCCUCCUUCCUGAUAUCCGUUACGUGUUCUUUUAUUCGUGUUUUUAAUUGUCGCUUAGUUUGUCUAACAUAAUUUGCAUCGCAAUCCACACAAUCAAGCCUAUGUACAACACUAGUCUGAUUUUCAUUUGCUAAUUUAUCUUUCCCUCUCUUGAUAACAUUAUUUAACUUUUUUGGAACCGUAUAAACUACAUCUAAUCCUCGAUUUCUCAAAAUUCUCGUUAUAUUACCAUUACAAUCUUUGAUAAACGGUAUCGUUAUAAAAUUAUGUCGUCCAUUAUUAUUAUUUCUACUACGAUUUGAAGAACUGUCAUGCUUGAUGUACUUUAACCUUUUAUCUACAUAUCUAUUGAUAACAUAACUCGGGUAACCAUUAUUUAAGAGAAUAUUUUUAACAAUAUUUAUAUUAGAAUCGUGAAACCGUUUAUCAGCCAGUAGAAUAGCUCUAUCAACCAAUGAAUUCUUUAUUCACAAAUAUUCCUAAAGAAUUGGUGAUGAAAGGUUUGGAAAAAAGAUGGGAUUAUAUAAAGAAUUUUACGAAUCUUAAUUUAAACCAGUUUUUGUAUGCAGUAAAUUUAAGUUUAGAGUCUACAUGUUUUAGUUUUAACGGACAGUUCUAUGAACAAAUUUUUGGUACCCCGAUGGGCUCGCCUUUGUCUUCUGUUCUUGCGGACAUUGUCUUAGAGGAUUUGGAAAAUUGUUGUAUUGAUAAACUUGAUUUUGAGUUGGUUGUAUAUGGUAGAUAUGUGGAUGAUAUUUUUUUUAUUCUUCCUGAGGGCAAAGUUUUUGACACACUGGACAUUUUUAAUAAUUAUAUUAUCACCCAAGGUUGAAGUUCACGGUAGAAAUUGAAAAUAAUAACUCGAUAAGUUUCCUAGACUUGUUGGUAAUUAGAGAUGGUGAAAGCUUAAUAACGAAUUGGUUCCGUAAAUCAAGAGACACGGUAGUGUCUCACGCCAAGUAUACGCGUGGCGAGACCGCACCGUGACUCUUUAACG